CAGCGUCCAGCCAGCCUAUUUAAUUCACUGUGCUGCUGCCUUUUUUUCUACAACCGUGCCCCCACCCCGCUCCUCUCCCCUCCCUGUAACUCCGCUUUUUCACCUUCCAUCUCUCCCCUCCCCUCGAAGAAGAAACAAACCACCUGAUAAGGACGCACCCAUGGCGGGGGCUGCCUGCUCCUGGGACGCCAUGGACGUCUACGAGGCCACCAAGGCGGUGUUCGCGCGGGUGCAAGCGCUCGACCCCGACAACGCUUCCAAGAUCAUGGGCAUGCUCCUCAUCCAGGACGACGGCGAGAAGGACUUGAUCCGCCUCGCCUUCGGCCCCGAGCACCUCCUCCAUUCCUUCGUCGCCAGGGCGCGCGCCGAGCUCGCCGCCAAGCCCUCGUCCCCACCGUCACCCGUGCUCGGGCCGGUGCAGACCGGGCCGCCCUGGGGGAUGCCUAGCCCUGGAGCCGAGCAGCAGGUUCCGUUCGCCGGCGACCAGGUGGGCUACGACGGAGGUAACGCGUUCUACCCUGAGGAGUACGAUUGUUGGUCGCCGGCGAGCGGCGGGCACAGCCGGAGCUUCUCGCUGAGCGACGCCGAGGCCGCCGCGGCGGGCGCGUGGAGGCCGUGCCUGUACUUCGCGCGGGGGUACUGCAAGAACGGCUCCUCAUGCCGGUUCCUGCACGGCUUGCCCGAAGACGAUGCGGCGGCUGCAGAGCGGGAAAUGGUGGUCAUGCGCGCCAAGGCCAUGGCCGCCGCGCGGCCACCGCAGCUCAUGGCGUCUGCGUUCCCCUUCUCGCCGUUGCCCAAAAGCCUCAACUUCCUGCUCCAGCAGCAGCAGCAGCAGAGCGAGCCCCAAAGGGCGGCGGCCGCGGCCGCCAUGCUACUUGGCGGCGAGGACAUGCACAGGUUCUCCAUGCGCUCGCCUCGGAUGGACCGCGGCGACCUCAUCGCCAACCCCGCCGCGCGGCAGAUCUACCUGACAUUCCCGGCCGACUCCACCUUUAGCGAGGAGGACGUGUCCAAUUACUUCAGCACGUACGGGCCGGUGCAGGACGUGCGCAUCCCGUACCAGCAGAAGCGCAUGUUCGGGUUCGUCACCUUCGUCUACCCGGAGACAGUGAAGGCAAUCCUCGCCAAGGGCAACCCGCAUUUCGUGUGUGACGCGCGCGUCCUCGUCAAGCCCUACAAGGAGAAGGGCAAGGUCCCCGAUAGGUUCAGGAAGCUGCAGCACCCGCACCAUGGCGAGUUCGCUGGCUGCACGACGCCUACCGGAUUGCUGGAUUCCAUGGACCACUUCGACCUGCACCAGCCACAGAUCGGGCCAAGAAUGAUGUAUGGAAACCUUGCCAACCACGAGGCAUUUCUGAGGAGGAAGCUCGAAGAGCAGCAGCAGGCAGCCGAGCUGCAGCAAGCCAUUGAGCUGCAGGGUCGCCGGUUUAUGGGGUUGCAGCUUCUCGACCUCAAGAACAGGCAUCUCAGCUCCCCCGUCGGCUCACCUAUAGCUCUGAGACAAACUGAUGACAAAGGCAGCGUCAAUGCCAAUUGCAACGUCCUCCAUUUGGAGGAUGUGACCAUCCAAGAUAACAAGCUGAAUAGCCUAGCCAUCAGUGCGCCUGCAUCUGCUGCUAUCUCUGCAACUACUGCUGAAGGCAAGCAUGAGGAGCAGCGGAAAGAGGAGGAUGAUGACGGCACUCCCAAGCAGGCAGUCAAUCCUGGGGAAGAGGAGAAGAGGGAAUCUGGUCCUGGGGCAGCAACACCCAAUGUUGCUUGUGGAUUCCAAGAAAGUGGCGUGGAGAAUUUGCCUGAUAGCCCCUUUGCGUCUCCCACCAAGGCCUCAAUUGAUACUGCUGCUACAACAACUCACACUGUUAACAUCAAUAACUGCAACCCUUAUCAUGUGGCUUCAUCCCUCUUCCCCCCAACACCCCCCACCCUUGAGCUGCCCCCCUACAGCUCAUGCUUCUUUCAAGCGCCCAGGUUUUCCUCUGGGCAUGAAGCCAUUGGGCUGUGAAUACAGAGCAAAAGGGUCGCCUUUCCUCUAAGCUGGGAGGACUAUCAUGGCCCAUCAAGUAGAGGAAAGCGAAGAAAGCUUUAACAAAUACUAGGUGUAUCAGAGGAACAGCAACAACAGCAACAAAGAAAGAAGUCUAGGUUGUUUAGCGCUAGGCCUCAAGUAUAUGAUAGUAGUCCAAUAAAUAAUACGACUCGUUUAGUAGCUAAGUAUACCGUAGCUGCUGAGGUAAGUAGUAACUUGUACUGGUAGCCAGUAGUUGUCAAGUGACAUGGCUGCAUACAGACAUCAAAAGAAAAACAGGUAGUGAGAACGGAGAGAUUGGACAAGCUGCAGUGACAGAAGGAAAGUGAUGAGAGGAGCACUGCAGGACCAGAGCACUCACGGGUGCAGAGAAUCAAAGAGGAAUCACCUCAUCAGCAAUUCAGCAAUGACCCCUCAUCUGUGUCCUUUUUUUGCCCAUGAGUCAUUUAUGGAUGCAGCAGCAUCACUCUAGUCUGUGCAGCCAACUUCUGCUAUUCUCCUUUUCACCCUUGUAGAACAGUAGAAGCUAGUAGAAAAAGAAAUGGAAAAGUAAUUAUCAAUCA